UAUCUCUGUAAUAUUUUCAUAUCCAUAUCCAUGGCCUUCCCUUUUUCACACACUGCCAAUCACAACGGCAAUGUCUUCCUCCUCUCUCGUUCCCUUCACCGUAACCGCCACUAUCCUUUUCAACAGAACCCUCUCACUUCCCAAACCUCACUUCAUCUCUCUCUCCUAUAAAUCCAAACCCUCCUCCGUCUGCUACUGCUCCAACUCCGAUCGCGAGGACCAACGGUGGCUGCGCGAGGAGCAGCGGUGGCUGCGCGAGGAACAGCGCUGGCUCCGCGAGGAGCAGCGCUGGACUCGCGACCGCGAAGAGCUUCUCAGGGAGAUUUCCGAGCUUAAGCUGCAGAUCCAAACCCUAGAACACCGCCUUCUGUCUUCACCGUCUUCGAUUUCCGACGCGGUUGCGAAGGUGGCGUCGUUGUUGCAGGUGUUGAAGGACAAGGAUUUGGUUCUCGAGAGUGGUUCCAGUCUCCGGAGGUUGUUGCUUGAGGAGGAGAACACGGAGGAGAAGGAAUCUGAAGAGGUUAUUGAACAUGAGAAGGAGAUUGUGGUGGUUGAGGAGGCUGCUGCUGCUUCUAGGGUUGAAAAGAGGAGCACGUUGCGGGUAGGUUCUGAAGGAGAAGAGGUUCGCCAGAUGCAGGAAGCGUUGCUCAAAUUGGGGUUCUAUUCUGGGGAGGAAGACAUGGAGUUUUCCAGCUUCUCGAGUGGAACUGAGCGUGCUGUGAAGACUUGGCAAGCUUCAUUAGGUGCCCCUGAGGAUGGUAUCAUGACAUCUGAACUUAUUGAAAGGUUAUAUUUGGAGAUAGCGACGCCGACUAAUGACAAGGGUAGCACGAAUGAAAAUAAAAUCUCUACUACAGUCUUACGAAAGGAAAGUGAAAAUGGAUCUGCAGUUGCUUCUGUAACAGAAAUUUCCGACAUUCAGCAAAAGGUAGUGGGGGGAGGUGUUAAAGAAACAGAAGCCUCCCGUCCGAGAGUUUUCCUCCUUGGAGAGAAUCGAUGGGAAGAUUCCUCAAAACUUGGUGCGAGCGAUGGAGUUGAUAGGAGCAAGAACAAGGAUGGAACCACAAAAUGCGUUCAAUGUCGUGGGGAAGGUCGCUUGCUUUGUACAGAAUGUGAUGGAGGUGGCGAGCCAAAUAUUGAGCCUCAAUUUAUGGAAUUGGUGGAGGACGGUACAAAGUGCCCAUACUGUGAAGGCCUAGGGUACACUCCAUGUGAUUUAUGUGGAGGGAUACCUACGGUAUAGGUUGACAUAUAUUUCGUCAUCAUUCAUACAGGUAUAUAAUUAACAUUAUCAAUCCAUCUCAAAAUUUUGUAUGUCUAGUUUGUUUAUUCUGUUCCUGUUUAUUCCUGAAUCGGUAAAUCCUGAUUGCACAGAUAAUGUAAUCCAAUCUUAGAGUGAACAUUUGCGCAGCUUUGAAAACAGUAUAAUGUAUUAGAUAAGCUUUUUCCUUCU